AUGUUUCAUCUUCUCCCUUACCUUUUUCUUUCUUUUUUCUUUCUUUCUUUCUUUCUUUCUUUCUUUCUUUCUUUCUUUCUUUCUUUCUUUCUGUUUCAUAUUCUUUCAUUCUUUUUCCCUUUUCUUUCUUUUUUCUUUUUAAUGAUGUUUCAUCUUCUUCCUUACCUUUUCUUUCUUUCUUUCUUUCUUUCUUUCUUUCUUUCUUUCUUUCUUUCUAUGUUUCAUCUUUUCUUUCGUUCUUUUGUCUUUCUUUCUUUCUUUUUUGUUCUUUUUCAUAGUCUCUCUCUCGAAUGUCUGUCUAUGGAUGAUCUAUCUAUCUAUCUAUCUAUCUAUCUAUCUAUCUAUAUAGAUCUGGGACGAACCAGGAUAAAGUUAUCAAUGCCAGACAAUGGCUGCCCCGCUGCAACAUGUCAACGCCAUCAUGACAUGUUAGUAUUUCAAGUUUGUUCUCCGACCAUAAUACCACUUUCUUUCUUUCUUUCUUUCUUUCUUUCUUUCUUUCUUUCUUUCUUUCAUAAUAUUCUUUCUUUCUUUUUUGUCGCAUACACUUUUUCUUUUCUUUUCUUUCUUUUUUCCUAUCUUUAUUUAAUUCCUUUCUGUAAUUCCCAUCGUAUUAUUCUUUCUUUCUUUCUUUCUUUCUUUCUUUCUUUCUUUCUUUCUUUCUUUCUUUCUUUCUUUCUUUCUUUCUUUCUUUCUUUCUUUCUUUCUUUCUUUCUUUCUUUCUUUCUUUUUUCUUUCUUUCUUUAUUUAUUUCUUUCUUUCUUUCUUUCUUUCUUUCUUUCUUUCUUUCACAAUAUUCUUUCUUUCUUUCUUUCUUUCUUUCUUUCUUUCUUUCUUUCUUUCUUUUUAUUUCUUUCUUUGUCACAUACACCCUGCUCAUUCAAAUAUCUAUCUAUCUAUCUAUCUAUCUAUCUAUCUAUCUAUCUAUCUAUCUAUCUAUCUAUCUAUCUAUAUAUAUAUUGUUAUACAAUACCUAACAACAAUCCUAAAUCUGCUCACAAAUCCCCCCAACUCAAAUAUUAUCUAUCUAUCUAUCUAUCUAUCUAUCUAUCUAUCUAUCUAUCUAUCUAUCUAUCUAUCUAUCUAUGA